AAAUUUUAAAAUAAACAAAUCGUUGCUGUUUCAUAACUUUAGUUGAUAUAUUGUAGCUAGCUACCUAUGUAUGUCAAUGUUGCCGUAAUAUAAUGUUACAAUAACUGCCUUGCGCUGAGGGACAGUGGUAAAUUUUUGUAAUUUUAUCACACAAGUCAUGCCACGAGGUAAACGUAGAGCUCCAGAAAUCGGUGACAAUAUGGAUAGCCAAUCAAAAAGAGCACGCACCAGCUACACAACUAUAGCGACACAACAAAGCAGCAGACGCCAUAUCAGAGCAGAAGACAGCUUUAGCCAGAAACGCUGCCUCGCCUGGUUCCACGAAUACACCACGCCCGAUGAGCCUGAUACACUGGGACCAGAUGGCAUGGAGAAAUUCUGUGAAGAUAUUGGCGUUGAGCCCGAGAAUAUAGUGAUGCUUGUGCUCGCCUACAAAAUGGGUGCCACACAGAUGGGAUUCUUCAGUCAGCAAGAAUGGUUAAAAGGUCUCACGGAUCUCGAAUGUGAUUCGACAGCAAAAAUGGUUGUGAAACUGGACUAUCUGCGUAGCAUACUCAACGAUCCCAACUCCUUCAAGAGUAUAUAUCGAUACGCCUAUGAUUUUGCCAAGGACUCGGAUCAGCGAAGCAUGGAUAUUCUGACGGCUAAGGCGAUGCUACAAUUACUUCUUGGCAAGCAUUGGACACUGUAUCCACAAUUUGCGCAAUUCCUAGAGCAAUCGAAGUACAAGGUUAUUAAUAAGGAUCAAUGGUGUAAUAUACUCGAGUUUUCGCGCACAAUCUGUAUUGAUCUGUCAAACUAUGAUAUUGAUGGAGCCUGGCCCGUCAUGCUGGAUGAAUUUGUGGAAUGGCUGCGUUUACAACGCGGGCUAGCCGUUGGGAGUUCGGGAUCCAGCUGAGAAUGCCUGGAUCGGAUAUUUUUUGUUCAACUUUAGAAAUUCUGUAGUGUCCAUCAUGAUACGAUCGGCUACACACACAUACAUAUAUGCAAAACGCAAAUCUCUCCUCCAUUGCACACGCUAACUCUGACACACACAAGGAUACGUACAACAAGGAAGAGACAGAAGGCACUCGAGACUGCGUAAAUCUU